GGAAUAUUUUUUUAUUGACUUUAUUCUUAAAUGUUGUGAUCUUAAAAACCUUGUGGUGCUGCGACCGGUUCUCGUGAAUGAGCCGCAGAGAUGGUUCGACCUGAUUCCCCUCUGCUCUGCGCUAACAUGUGUGUUUGCGCUCCCAGUUAUUUGGGAGUGUGCCUGCGCUGGCUCCUGAUGACUGAGGGUGACACUGGUGUUUAUGGAGGAAUUCCUGCCGUCUCCCACCUAUUCAGUGUAAAGUCUUUAUGGCUUCUGUGGAACUCGGUUUGUAAACACCACCAUUAUGGUAGCAAAGGAUGUGAAAAUGGUCCACAGGAAGGAAGAAGAAGAAGUCACAUAUCUGAGGCAGCAUCUCUUCAAACACUGUCACACAAACGGUGAGUUGUGAGGCACAGACAAUUACAACUGUUAUUAUAAUCUGGAUACGAUAAAAAAAAAAACAAAAGUGUUUGUGCAUGAGUGACUGGUGACCGUUAUGAUUGGUUGGUUGUAAAUGUUCUCAUAACCGGGUGGGAGCAAAUGAGUUAGGAAGAUGGACUCUGUUUGUGUGUGUGCGUGUGUGUGUGCGUGUGUGUGGGCCUGCAUGAAUCAGGGGGUGGGUGCAUUAGUCCAUGUCAGACAGCAAAGAGUGCCGCAGUUAUCUAGGAAUCUGAGCCAAAGCAACCUCACUUACAAAGAGGAGCAGGAGACAGAGGAGGAGGAGGAGGAGGAGGACGACCGGUGAGAGGAGAAGCAGAAUAUUAAAGAAGAAGCUCAGAGAGGAGGACCACAGCACAGACCAGAUCAAGACCAGGACAGCGGUUGUUUUGUUUUUAUCAGCAGAGACACUCACUGGUUAAAUGAAAAGUGCAGUAAAGAUCUGCUGAGGGCCGGCGACACCGGAGGAGCCGACACUUUGGAGAACCCCCGCAGACCACUGGUCAUUGAGACACUGUGACAAAGUCUAGAAAAAGUCUGCAUUUUCCCAUGAUUCCCUUUGGUCCUCUUGCUGUGCUGUCACUGUACGUGGGUGCCCUGUUCUCCUUAGAUGCAUCCCCCGCCUGCACAGUGUCUCCCUGCAGGGACAGCCUGGUGGCUGCACCCAACUCACCUGGGGCGGGGGCAGGGGGAGCAGGCUCCGGGGCCUGUGAAGGUCAGACCGGGACAACGGGCUGCAGGAUGGCUGUUUCACUGGCCGCCGUGGCAGACGCUCCUCGCAGGGCGGAGCACAGGCAUGACCUCCCCCAGGUUCAGCCUAAGGACAGAGGCGUCAAAGAACGGCUGGUGCAGCUGCAGCGCUGCAUGCGCUCUGUCCAGGAAACAGGGGGGGCGUGGAGUCCUGAAGGCCAGGAGAGCGACUCUCUGGGGGCCAUCCUGGCACUAAUGGCAGCUGUGCUGACAGAGUGUGACCUCCACUGUCACAGCCAAGCCCUGGGGUUGAUGGCCAAACGCCUAGAGAGUGCAGCGGUGGGGAGAGAAGGGGAGAGGGACCUGCUGCUCUUCCUGAAGAGCAUCACCCAACACCCGCCUACAGGUAAGGCUGUGUCGACGGAUCGCUCAGGACACAAUUCAUUUAAAGAAACAAGCUUCAUAGAAGUGAUGUGCUCCACAGCGCCCCCCUCAGAGAGGCUACAUCCUCAGGACUGUGCAGAGAUUUACAAGCUGGGCAUCAAAGACAGUGGAAUCUACACCAUCCAGCCGGACCUGCAUCGGCCGCCACUGGAGGCUAAAUGUGACAUGGAGACAGCGGGCGGUGGUUGGACGGUGGUCCAAAAUCGGCACGAUGGUUCCCUCAACUUCAACAGGACGUGGCAGGAAUACCGGGAAGGCUUUGGGAGUCCACAGGGAGAGCACUGGCUGGGGAACGCGGCGCUCCACGCCCUCACCUCCACUGGUCAACACCAACUCAGGAUCGAGCUGGAGGACUGGCACCAUCAGAGGCGCCACGCCACCUACAACAACUUCAAAGUGGCCUCGGAGACGCAGAGGUACCGUCUGACAGCACGGGAGUACUCCGGUGAUGCCGGGAACGCCUUGAGCUACAGCAAACGGUACAACCACGACGGCCGAUCCUUCAGCACCGCUGACAGAGACAAUGACCGCUACGCAGCAGGAAACUGUGGUCAGUACUACGGCACCGGCUGGUGGUUCGACGCCUGUCUGGCAGCCAAUCUGAAUGGACGGUAUUACCGCGGCCGUUACAGCGGCGUGACCAACGGCAUCUACUGGGGCACGUGGUACAUCCUGACGGACGGACGCACUGGAGAACGCUACUCCUUCAAGAAGGUGGAGAUGAAAACGCGGCCCAGGAACUUUUCGGGGACGUCCUAAGACUGAUGACGUCACGGAUGUUUCAGUAACGGUUGUGUUUAGAGCAGAUAAAAAGGUAGAGGAAUAAAAAGAUAAAAAGAUGAU